UUCUCUCUACCGCUAUUCAGCCCGGGUCCCGUUUGCUCAUUGUUAUUCUGCCCGAGUGAGUGAGUGAAGGAGAGGGAGAACGAGAGGGAUAGUGAGCGAGAGAGUGAGGACAUUGUGAGAGAAAGGGAGAGUGAUAAAGAGAGACAGAGUGGUAAAGAGAGACAGAGAACGGAAGAGAACUGAGGCUUCUAACUGUAGGGAGUUUGAUGCAGCGGUCAGGGGGUUAAUUCGCGGUGAAUUUUCUGUCGGGGGUGUGCGCGUGAAGGCAUGUUGCUAAUCGGCUCAACAGUGAGUAGGGGUACAGAACAGCACCAAAAGUCUGACGUCGAUUUGUGUGAGUAAAAAUUAAAAAAGGGAGAGAGAGAGCGAAGGCGGGGGGGAAAUUGAGAUUUAGUGCGCUGCUGGGUGAAACAACCCCCCACUAACGAAGGGGAAAGCAGUAGAAGAAAAGAAAAGAAAAAGACAAACGGCGUUUCGGUCAUCUUUUUUUUUUCAACAAUGAGCUCAGAAAAGGGGACUUCAGUCUGCUGUUGUAAAGCCUAAUACCCUAAGAUACAGGGGAGGAGACUACAAAACAUAAACAUUCUGAAACACCAUGUCUCGUUCAGACGAGGUCAACAAGAUGACAGAAAACGUGUAUAAGGGGAUUCUAGACCAGUUCAACCCCAGUCUGAAGAACUUUGUGACCAUGGGGAAACACUAUGAGAAAGCCCUGACAGGAGUGACGGUAGCAGCCAAGGGAUACUUCGAUGGUCUGGUCAAACUGGGAGAACUGGCCAGCGACAGCCAAGGGUCCAAAGAACUGGGAGACACGUUAUUCCAGAUGGCUGAGGUGCACAGGCAGAUUCAGGUUCAACUGGUGGAUGUGUUGAAGCUGUUCCAUUCUGAGCUGCUGUCCCAGUUGGAGCAAAAGCUGGAGUUGGACAUUAAAUAUCUUACCGCCACGUUGAAGAAAUAUCAGAGUGAGCGCAAGUCGAAGUCGGAAUCUAUCGAGCGCUGCCAAUCACAGCUCAAGAAGCUGCGCAGGAAGAGCCAGGGCAGUCGCCACCCCAACAAGUACGGAGAUAGGGAGAUGCAGUAUGUGGAGCUAAUGAGUCGUCGUCAGGCUGAGCUGGACACGCUGGUUGCUGUGGGUUACCGCUCAGCGCUGACGGAGGAGAGGAGACGAUACUGCUUCCUUGUGGACCGCCAGUGUUCCGUCACCAAGCUGCUCAUCAACUACCACUGCAAGGUGAGAGAGCUCCUGUCACAGAAGCUGUCCUCAUGGCAACAGUCAUGCUCCCAGCCAACCAGACUACCUGAACGGGCGCUCAACCUGCUGCGUCACACCGCCCCUCAGGGCUCUGGGGCAUCUGGGAUAGCUGAUCUCCUCCGACAUGCUAAACUGGGCGCUGCACCUCCAGAACAGAGGCUGUCAGUACAGGAGGUGCCUCCCUUGUUGAAUGGUGGCUCCCAGCAGCAGAGACCCAUCCCCUCUUCUUCCCAGAGUGACAUCCCCCAGCCCCAAAACUCCCCCGAACCCCAGACCUUCCGCUCCCUCGCUGCCACUGGAGGGGCUAUUGGAGGGAGUGGGGCAGGCUCCCCUCAGCAGACCAGCACGCCUAUUAGUGUCUCAGCUAGCCCCAAUGCUAACAACAACAUAAGUGCUAAUGCUAUCACUACUGCUAACACUCCCACCACCUCCUCCACGGUUGGCUCCAGCCAAGCCCAGCAGACCUCUCUUCUUCUGGCCAACAGCACCUCCAGCCUUUCUCCUAGUCUGAUCCUCUCCACUGUGCUUUCUCUCAGCCAGGGCUCCCCAUCCUACUCCUCCCUACAGGGCCUGGCCCUGCCGCUGUCCCUCAGUGCCCCUCACAGUCCUCCACUACCCCACAGUGCACCUCUCUCCAGAGCCAUAACCCCCUCGCUGCACCACCAGGGAGUGCUAGGAGGAGGGAACACACCAUUGCUGUCCCAUAAUCCCAUGCUGAUGAAGGCAGCGGAGAUGUAUGGAACAUCUACGCUGCCUUUGCCUAGGAGACCAGUCAGCGAGGCCCGGGUGGGAGGGUUUAUGGGUUCCACUCUGCCCAGAGACCGAGUUCUCCCUCUCUCCAGCCCGUCUCGUGUGGAAGCCAUAUUUGCCCACGCUCCUGGGGGUUCAGAGGGCAGUGGAGUGGGCGGGGCCUGCUUACUUCACUUCCUGCCAGGCGACGCUCUCAGCCUCCUCAUCUCUGAGCCCAGAGACGGGUGGCACUAUGGCCAGAACGAACGGACGGGACGGAAAGGCUGGUUCCCUUUCUCCUACACUCAGCCCUACCCCAACACCUUGGAUCCCCUCGACAGCAGCUCCCCGCUCCUCUCUAAGGUCAACAGUACCAGUACGGGUCAGUUAGAUAAGCUGGUCUCCCCUUGUCUGCCUGCCCUGACCCCUGAGUCCGAGGAGGAGCGCUCAUUCCCCCCUCAAAGGGUCAGCACCUUCCGCCCGCGCCCAUACAGCAUGGCCGACUCCAACCAGGUCAGCCUGAGGCCGAAGGUCAGAGGUGAAGGGGUUGAGUGGGCAGGGCCCCCUGACCGACCGGCUCUGUCAAUGCUGAUGCAAGAGCUCUCCUCAGACUUUGCCUCUCCUCCACCCUCCCCAACCUGGACCAACCCAUUUGCCCAUGUCCGGCUCAGAAAGACGGUGACCAACGAUCGCUCUGCACCCAUCAUCGAAUAGGACAUGGUCUCCUUGAACAGGCAACCAAUGGAGAGGCGUUAAUAGGAAACAUUCAUGUUUGGAAUUUGUUUUCAGAGUCCAGUAACUGUGUUGGUUGAGUUCUCAACUGUUGAGCCUUAAGAGAAAGCCUUAAGUAAACCUUUCUGUUUAUGUUGGUUAUUUACAAGUGCUGAUUAGAUGUGUAUUAAUCAGGCCUAAGUCAAAAUACAGACACUUAUGUGGUGUUAUUUUGAAGAAUCAAAGCUGAAAUUUGAGUGACCCUUUGGACAAAAUGAGAUCUUGAAUAAAAAUCCACCAUAGUAUUUGAGAAUUAUAGAGCAAAAAGAUGAGUGUGCGUUGGAAUUUGAAAAGCUCUGUGAUGUUAGUAAAAACACAAACAGAUGGCGGCCAUUUUGUCGGCAUGUCCAACAUUAACAUUUGAGCCCUGGGCAUUACUGAUAAUUUUAUAAUGUUCUUUUCAUUUUACAACACUUUUCUAGAAGUAACCUUGAUAGAAAAUGUUUGUUUUUUUGUCUGUACCCAUUCAGGGACUGGUUCCUGGUAGCAGCCUGUAGUCGGGUAAUAGUUUAAUGAAUUAUAGCAUACUUUACUUGUACCAUUAGGAAUUGUCUUAAAGGACAGGCUCCUGUUUUAUCAGUAUUUUCAUUGAGGAUUUUUGAGAAGAGUUGUGCAGAGAUAUGUGUGUAUGAUCCAGGAAAAUCCAAACAUGUUGAAGAAUUGUCAUAUUUUUUUUUUUCAUUGUUGGGAUUCAAUAAGAGUAUGUGUAAACACAUUGUUAGCUAGGCAGAUGUAUUUUCACGAUAAGUGCAGACCUACCAAUCACUUUGUACAACUUAAUUUACAUGUUCUCUGAAUGAAGAUUUAAAGAAAAGUGUAUUGAUGUUGCUUACUGAUGCCAUCAGCACAAUGCUGGGUAGGAAAUAGUUCAAGUUUAAACACCAAUAUUUUUUAAAUAAUAAUUUGUUUUAAUGCGAGGUAGGAUUUGUAUAAGGAAUUAUAUUUUUAACUUUUUACAAAGGCAAUUGAUAUGAUAUGUUAUACACAGAAAUAUGUUGCAUUGCAAAGCUAUUGCUGCUAGUUUUGGAUGUGUAGAUUGUAUUGAACGUUUACCUUCAAGAGUCUCUUAUCUACAGAAACGUAUUAAUAGAAGUAAGAAGGAGCAACAGUACAGAUGUAGGAUCUUUAUUUGAUCACUCUUGUUGGUGAGAAUGUUCCUGCAUUGCAGGAAAUGCAAACUUGUAGUGUAUUUUAGUUUUAAAAAGGCUUCUAAAGUGUGUCUAUCAACCCCUACAAAAAUGUAGAUUAAUUUUCAUUUCUUGUUGCUGCAGGAUUAUUUUCCUGCAACUGGCUAAAAUGAAGAUCUUACAUCUGUAACAAUGCAUCCCUGUGGGGUGAACUGUACUUCUAUUUGUAUUGGACAGGUAGAAGAGGAAAGAAACAGUGGAGGGUUUGGAGGAUUGGUUUUCCUGGAAAAUAGGUUUGAGAAAUUGACAUUGUGUUGAGGGAUAAAUGUAUAAGAAAAGAGAUGGAUUCAGCUCGUUUGUUUUUACUAGUGUCUUCUCGAUUGAUUUAGAAUUUGACUCCAACAGAUUGUUCAUAUCUAGCAGAUUUUAGCUGCACGUUUACCAAUUGCAAACCGUACAGAACCUUAUUUAAAGGGUCAAGACUGAUUGUGUUUAUAAAGUCUAACUUUGAAAGUGUUGAGGAAAGUAUUUGGAAAGUGGAACAGAGUGUGAGCAAGUGUCAAUGGUAAACUAGAUGUAGAAAGUAGUAUUUUUCUCUCGCUUUCUCCAUGUCUGGUAUCUCUCUAGUCUGUCAUCUGGUAUCUCGCUAGUGUCUCUGUCAUCUAGAAAACUGCAGUUGAGAGAUUCAGGGUGGAAAUAUGUGGCUAGGAAUGUUGAGUUUCUCUGUAUGAUCUUUAUUCUGAUUUCCGGAACUUACAGUGUAUAGUUCCUUCUCUCCUCAUGUUUCUGUAUCGUAUUAAGUUGCAUCUCUAACCUAGCCUGUGAAAUUAUUGACUUUCUUGCUAUGGUAAUUCUAACACUCAAUAAAUAACAUUGCUGUUGAUUUAAAUACUGAGUAUAUUGAAAUCACAUAGUUGAAGUUUACUUAUGUUUGUACAAAUUGCAACAACAACAAAAAUGUUUUUUGAUCUUGUUUAACUUUUUUCCUUCACCUUGCACCUUUUCACCAUCCUAACCUUCUUCAAAAUAUGACCUUUCAAUGUCAAUCUAGCUAUAUGAGAAUGGGAUCCAGUUGUAAAAGGCAAAAGAAAAAUGAUGCUGUGGUGACUAUUCAGGAUCUUAUAUUCAGGAUGCCUCUGUUAGUAGGAUUGUCUUAAAUACGUGUUUAAGAAUGAAACAAUUGCCUCUGCCCCUACUUUUAUUUCCGUCUUUUAAUUUGUUUUGUUAUAUUCUUUUUUUGUUACUUCAUCUGUAGCUUUUUUCUCUUUAAAACAGCAUUGCCUUUCUGAGACACACAACAAUCAUGGUCACAGUAUAAAACCUUACAGACAUUCCUGAUACCACUGUUAUUGUAUUUCUUUCCAAUGAAUACUUCAAUAAAUAUGUUAAUCACUAUA